UGAAGCAGCCCAGGGUUUUUCUGAAGGUGUGUUGCGAGGGAAAUAAAAACUGCAGACUCUUUCUGGAACCAAAUACAUUUAACCAAAUAGCCCAAAAUUUGCCGGACACCCACUGUGGCAGGUGUGCUUGUUGUACAAGUCUUCUGAAAAAGGCCCUCGUUAGCUGCAGAGAGAGAGGGAACAGCCAUGCGUCUGCUGUUAUAAUGGAUCGCAACAGGACAGGCAUGAACAGAAAUGAAAGAUACCGCCACUAUAAAAAUGUGGAGGAGCAUGAGUACGACGUGGUGGAUGACCAGGCGGAAGUGAUUCGUGUGCACAUACUUCCUGCAAGACCCAUAAAUGAAGAGAGAGAGUAUGCAGACAGGGUUCUCCCAAGGUCAUCGUCGGCUCAGAGCCUCUCAUCACCCUGCACUGGUAACUUCAACAUCCUCCCAAGAGAAAUCCCACCUACUUCAGUCAGCAGACCUGCAAUAAAUAGAGACCUGAAGCCCGGCAGAAGAAAGAUCAAAUCAGAUAAGAAGUUCACACCUGUGCUGCCAGGAGAGCAGCGCCCACGCAGGCGAUCUCCAUCACCUCCAAAAGAGAUAAUGAAUCACCUGCCUGGUCUGACUAUAGGCGAAUCCUGCAGGAGAGCUGGACAGAGAGCAACUAAAAAAGUGGAAUUACGUUCACAUAUCAAAGGUCUACAGCGUGCUGAGAGUGUUUCAUCCCUGCAUACCAAUCUAAGACAUUCUCUGGAUUUGGAAACUCAUAAUUUAGAAACAAGGUCACAACAAAACCUAGAAAGGGUGCCAUCAAAACGUCAUCAUGAGUGGCCUCAGACCAAAGAAGACUGUGACCAACAUGACUUUGUUCCAAAGGAAAAGCCUCAACAGACGUACAGUGAAGAAGACUGGUAUGUUGGGGCUUGUUCUCGAGCUGAUGCCGAGCACGCCUUGCACCUGGUGAACAAGGACGGAGCCUUUUUGGUACGAGACUGCUCCGUCAACACCAACAGGGAGCCCUUGGUGUUGGUUGUGUAUCACGAGAAGAAGGUUUACAAUAUAAAAAUCAGAUUCAUUGAGACCUCCGGAAAGUACGCCCUGGGAACGGGACAACGAUCAAAUGAUAUGUUUGACUCUGUCGCAGAUAUCAUCAAGAUUCACACCAUAUUCCCAAUAUUACUCAUCAGCGGGAGAACCAUGCCCGGAGGCAAAUGUCCAGAUAACUGUGUGCUGACUUAUCCCUUAACAAAAAGGGAUGUUAACCAGCUGCUGCAAUAAACUGUGAAACAUCCCAGCAAAGAAAAUCUGACAUGGAAACUUCAGCUCAGCCAAGAAAUCUUUAGGACCUCCAAGACGUUAAUAAUUAUUUUUUUAAAUGUUAAUAAAAACACACUGGAUUGACAUAAUAUAUUUACUGUGUGUAGAGUAAUACAUAAAACCCAGAGCCGCUUCAGAGCAUUUACCACCUAUUUUCAUUAAUUUGUGAAUAUUUAAAAAGCCAGUAUGUAACCAUGCUUGUUUUUCUAUGUCAUAAGCACAUUUUUCUGGUAAUAUUUUCCACUAUUAUUAAGAAUACAUUUAUGCCCCAGUGGCCUUGCUCUUUAUUUUGACCUGAUUCAGAUAAAAGCUAUGAGCUCAUGCUGUACCUAUCCGUGCAAUAACCGGCUGGGUCUCCUGUCAAGCUUGACUCAACACAAUAUGUGAACCACACUCCAACACAUCUCCAACAUUCAUUUCUUGGCAAUGUACAUUAGUUACACAGAGUAUAAUCUUCAGAAAAGUUCACCACAAACACCAUCUGGUUGGAACCCAAAACACCCACUCAAGGACAUGAUAAGCGUGUUGGGUAAAAGCUGUCUGAGUAUGCAAAAAUUGUGAAAAGUGUUUGCUUGUGCCAAUAAAAAAAAUGUCU